AUGAUCCCGAAACACACCAACCCCUUCUCACUCACGAGUGAGACCGCGCUUGUUUCCCGUUCUGCAUUGAACGAAUCCGACGAAGAACCAGAAAUCGAGCACGAAGACCCCGAGCACGCGCAAUUGCUCGCACGGCUGGAGAACAUACUCAAGCGAACGAUUGACAACGUCUUGCUCCCUGCACCCCGCUCUACGGAGACGGAAGAACCUUCCAAGAAGAAAAGGCGGAGAAAGGGCGGAGACGGGGAUGUCCAUGGCGCGACGAACGGGGUACCUGAGGAUAAAGAGGACUCGUUUGCAGCCGUUGAAUUCCGUCUGAUUUCUGGAAGCUCCCGACCAAGGACCGUGAUCCUUGCACCGAAACCUCCGCCGGUCUACAUUUCGCUGGCCCCUCCGGUAGAGGAGACUGCAGAAGAGGCCGAGCUCCGUGCAUCCCGAGCGAGGGAAGUCGCCGUUGACUUUGAAUGGGUCCAGAGAGAAUCCAAAAACGUCACCCGUCCACCUCCACCUGGCGCAAAGAAACCGUUGCGUGCCGCCGCGAAGCUUCCCGAACUUCACCCCACGUUACUUGUCCUGGAACGACCCAAACCCCCUCGAACACCUCACAUUCAGCUGGUGAACCCCGCGGACGAAAUUGAUCCCUCUCCACACGCGCACCAGACCGUUUGUUGUCCGGUAGUCGCUACCCAGCCCAGUCAAUCAGACGCGACGGGAAAGAGGAGACGGCGCCGAGGCAAGGCGAAGGAACGACCACGCAUACAACCAGCAUUCUGGAGACCACCGCCGGGAGUGGGCGGGAAAGCUUUGGGGUACGCGUGGGGUUAUGCGGGCAGCAAUCCUUUGCAGGAAGGAGACGUCCCUCGAUACGAGCGAGACGCCAUGAGGAAAGCGGAACUUGCGUAG